AUGAACACAUCUGCUCUCGAAGCCUUCGCUUCCGAAGUCGCCGCUGCCACGAACCCUAUAAUGAUGGUCGAGAUGAUCCCGAUCAUCAAGAAAUAUCUCCCAAGCAAGCACCAAGAUCUCUGCAAAAUUGUCUGCAACGAUGGCUUUAUCAACGCAGCCGACACAAGAUUGGCUUACUACGGAGGCCUGGGUGCUCUCCUCACGCAGGUAAAGGAGUUCAUGAACUUCCCGGGAAGUCUCGAGAAGUUUGAAACUGAGCUGUCCGCUCUUUAUCUGAUGACGCCCAAUAUCCAUUCAAGUCUCACCAAUCAGAAAUACAUCUAUAAAUCCCAGCUUCUUGCGAUCCUUCAGAAAAUCGGUGAGGUUCCGAUAAUCCAGUUGUUGCCCAGAGAAGACUCCAAGUACUAUGUCCUUCAUUCGAUCAUAGCCAUCUACCUGAGAACCAAAGAAAGCCAAAUGAAGGAUCCAUUUGAGUUGAUGACCUAUGACGACGAUCAGCUCGCGCACUUGGAAGCUAUCAUCAGCGUCCAGACUUUGACGUUCCAGGGAGAAGAUUUGGAUCCGUCGACCAGCUUGGAAAACAUCAUCGCCAAAUUCAAAGCCCUUUUGCCUACGCACCCGAAGGAUCAAAAACACAAGCGACUUCAGAGAAUCAUAGAGGAGUUUCAUUCGUCAGGAAAAAACGUUAUUGUCUAUCAGAACCUGCUGUUUUGGACCACUAUCCUUAUCACCGAGUUCGACCGUUUUUUGGCUGCUCUUCCAGCUUAUCAAGGCCCUACUCUUGUCAGAGUCUUCCAUGACGACUUUGCCGGAAAAUUCGUUUUGGAAAGGGAACUACUCGGGCUGGGAAAUCCUGAAACAGUCGAAAUCGAGACAUUGAGAACUGUGGACUUCAAGAAGAUUCGUGAAUGGCAGAAAGAGAACAACCUUCCAGUUUCGCCAAUGGGACCCGACCCGUAUAUGAUGGACCAAUAUGAGUUUGUCAUAAUGAGGAUCCCAAGAACCUUCUUCCGCUCAAUCCCGAUCCCAGCCUGGUCCAAAAAGUAUUUCCACCACGUGACUGAAGUUUUGAUUGAGAUACUUAGAGACAUCAUUUCAAUCAGAUGUGUCUUCCAGAACCUUCGUAUGAAGCGUCUAGAAAAGCUCUUCGUGACAAUGAAAGAGACUAUGAAUCAAUUCACGGAGACACACCCAGCAAUCCAAUUGAUCACCGAGUCUGAAGCCACCGGAAUCAGAGAGGCGAUCGAGCAGUGCCUCUUGAGGUACAAGGUCGUUCCUGGGAAUCUGAAGCGGAUCAGAGAGAUUGAAGGAUUCCAUCUGAAACAUCUCAAGGAGGAGCUCAAGAGAUUGGGAGUCGUCUCAACAUUUCCGGACAUCGUCCAAGUUGCGAAUGAUUUGUUCCACGGUUACCAUGAAGAUCAACUCAAUGAUCGCGCUCUCACCACAUUUGAUAUGUAUCAAGCUGUGGAGAAGUGCAGACUUUCUCACAUCGUCUGCAAGUCAGAGACUCGAUCCUUCUUCCACAAGUUCAACUCUUGUCAGAAGGUGCAUUGCUUGUGUGCAGUCUGCGAUCAAUCGAAGUGA